CUCUCCGGGCGAUGACCGUGUAAAUGCAAGUGCAAUGUCCCGUCGCAAGCAGGGAAACCCGCAGCACUUAUCACAAAGGGAAAUUAUCACGCCAGAGGCUGACCAUGUGGAAACGGCCAUCACCCAUGAGGAUGAGAGCCUAGCCAUAGGAGAGCCGGUUGGGCUCGGCCUUGCGACGGGUGGAGCAGACCCCGACCUAUUAACCUGUGGACAGUGUCAGAUGAACUUCCCCCUGGGAGACAUCUUGGUUUUUAUAGAGCACAAGAAGAAACAGUGCAAUGGCGCUGGUGGUGCCUGCUAUGAAAAGAACCUGGAUAAGACCACUCCUCCCCCUUCAUCACGCUCCGAGCUCAGGAAAGUGUCAGAGCCAGUGGAAAUCGGGAUCCAAGUCACACCCGAUGAAGAAGACCGUCUUCUCACGCCUACAAAAGGAAUUUGCCCUAAGCAGGAGAACAUUGCAGGGCCGUCCAGGCCUGCAAAGCUGCCGGCGGCCUCCAUAACUGCCUCCUCCCACCCUCACACAUCCGUGAUCGCACCGCCACCUCUCCGUGCUCUCACCUCAAUCCCGCCCUGCCUGAGCCUGCCCUGCUGUGGUGCGCACGCAGUCUCAGUUGGCGGGUCUCAGAGCGAGACAUCAGGCACAUUUGGAUGUCAUUGUCAGUUGUCAGGUAAAGAUGAGCCUUCAAGCUAUAUUUGCACAACAUGCAAGCACCCUUUUAAUAGCGCUUGGUUCUUGCUUCAGCAUGCCCAGAACACGCAUGGAUUCCGCAUCUACCUGGAAACAAGUCCUUCAAACAGCUCCCUUACUCCACGCAUCACCAUCCCUCCUCCUCUGGGACCCGAGACUGUUGCACAGUCCCCGCUGAUGAAUUUUCUUGGCGACAACAACCCUUUUAGCCUCUUACGAAUGACAGGUCCCAUCCUGCGUGAUCACCCUGGCUUUGGUGAAGGUCGGCUCCCCAACACACCUCCCCUCUUCAGCCCACCGCCUCGUCAUCAUCUGGAUCCACAUCGCCUUAGUGCCGAAGAAAUGGGGUUAGUCGCCCAGCAUCCCAGUGCCUUUGACAGAGUCAUGCGUUUAAACCCCAUGGCAAUUGAGUCGCCAGCGAUGGAUUUCUCCAGAAGGCUUCGAGAGCUGGCAGGGAACAACUCCACCCCUCCGCCAGUCUCUCCCAAUCGCAACAACCCUAUGCAUCGCUUGUUGAAUCCUUUCCAGCCAAGCCCGAAAUCUCCUUUUUUGAGCACCCCGCCAUUGCCACCGAUGCCCCCAAGCAGCACUACGCCUCCCCAGCCUCAGGCUAAAAGUAAGUCCUGUGAAUUUUGUGGGAAAACAUUCAAGUUCCAGAGCAAUCUCAUUGUCCACCGGCGCAGUCACACAGGAGAGAAGCCCUAUAAAUGCCAGCUCUGUGAUCACGCUUGUUCCCAAGCCAGCAAGCUAAAACGCCAUAUGAAAACACAUAUGCACAAAGCUGGGUCCAUGACAGGGAGGUCAGAUGAUGGACUGUCUGCUACAAGCUCCCCUGAGCCUGGCACAAGUGAACUCACUGGAGAGGGACUAAAGUCCAGUGAGGCAGACUUCAGGAACGAGAGUGAUCCUUCUCUAGGCCAUGACAAUGAAGAAGAGGAAGAAGAGGAGGAGGAGGAAGAGGAACUGGAAAAUGAAAGUAGACCCGAGUCGAGCUUUAGCAUGGACUCAGAACUAAGUCGUAACCGAGAGAAUGGUUCCAAAUCGCUGCCAGAUGAAAAGUCCCUAGUCCUAGGAAAAGUGAUAGAGAAUGUAAGCCUCGGUACCAUUCAGCAAUACAGUGACAUGCUGGCUGAAAAGCAGAAAAGGGGCGGCUUUAUGAAAAGGUCUUCAGAUCAGCGAGAUCUUUGUCCUAGAGACCUUUGUCAGAGAGACACAGGCGAUGAAGACUCUGUUGCAGGAGAACUUGACCGCACUGAGGAAGGGACAGUCAAUGGGAGAAACUUUGGUCCAGGCGAACCCUUUCCAGGCCUGUUCCCUCGCAAGCCCACCCCCAUCACAAGCCCCAGUUUAAAUAACUCAUCGAAAAGAAUAAAGAUAGAAAAAGAUUUGGACUUGCCACCAGCAACAAUAAUACCUUCUGAAAAUGUUUACUCGCAGUGGCUGGUAGGAUAUGCAGCAUCAAGGCACUUCAUGAAGGAUCCAUUUCUAGGAUUCACAGACUCCCGACAAUCCCCCUUUGCAACUUCUUCUGAGCAUUCCUCAGAGAAUGGAAGCCUGCGUUUCUCCACUCCACCAGGUGAUAUGCUGGAUGGCGGUCUCUCAGGGCGCAGCGGGACGGCGAGCGGAGGCAGCACGCCCCAUAUCAGUGGACCUGGCCCCGGUCGACCCAGUUCAAAGGAAGGACGGCGGAGCGAUACGUGCGAGUACUGUGGCAAGGUCUUUAAGAACUGCAGUAACUUAACGGUGCAUCGCCGGAGCCACACGGGAGAGCGGCCUUACAAAUGCUGCAUAGCAUCAUCGAACACAAUAGAAGCUCCUUCACUGGGAAUGCUGAAAGGCCCUUUGAAUUUUACUGAAGACACCAGAUCACUUCAGUGUUAUUUCGAUUUGAAACUGUUACUUGGCAGCCCUUUUCAUUCUGAACCUUCUCAUGGCAAAUGAUUGGAUUAACCCCUUGAUGGAGUCAGUGAAGUCAGUGCAAAGGCAUCUAUAGAUCUACAGCUGAUAGCAUUCCUUUGGAGAAGGAAUAGGCAAAAAAAUUGUAGAUUAAAAUUAAUAACUUUAACUGAUUUUCUAUUAUUUAGCCACAUGUUUCUUCACGUGUGAGAUGGCUCUUCUGAGAAAUGCUAGGGGAGGUAUAAACAUCCUUUUGAACUUUUUCACCUCCUCCCAGUUCAGCGUGUUGCAUGUUGGCUGGGCUACAAAAUCUAUGUUUCUCUUCAUACUGUUGUGUUGAUUGAUAGGCCCAUGGAACAACGGGAUGUCUCUUAUUUUUAUGAGCUUUUGGCUUCCAUAUGUAUCUCUCACUUGAGCAUACUAUGGGUCCAUAAAUGGCUCUAAUCCCUCCUUUUUCUUUUACUCUUCCAAUCAGAAUAGGUGCCCUCAUCUCAGCUGCCCAUCUUUCCUUGCAUCUUUGUUAAUCUUGGGUAGAUAUGGCAUAAUUUGAAUUGCCCUAAUUUAGUCUAUCAAGGCAAUGAACAAUGUUGUAAAAGUUACACAUUUUGAUUCUGUUGACCCGCACUUUAAAACUUUUCGUUUGCAUUCAAGACCAGCGGCUUCUAAACAAGAAAUUACAGCAUCUUUCUCUUUGCUUGGCCCAGAGGUGGGUGAAACUGUUAAAGGGGGACAUCUGAGAUUAAGUGUCAGUGUUGCUAAGCGUGGCAUUCACAAUACUGGCACUAUAAAGAAAAUAAUAAUUUAUUGGACAGUUUUUUCUACUGCCAUUCAAUUUGAUGUGAGUGCCUUGAAAACUGAUCUUCCUAUUUGAGUCUCUUGAGACAAAUGCAAACAUUUUUGUGAAAUGAAAAGACUUUUAAAAAAAGUAGAACAAGAAAAGUAUGUUCUUUAGGUUUUAAAAAAACAAACAAAAGAGCCACAUUUACUUUUAAAAAAAAACCUGGUUGAAGAUAGUGGACAUGAAAAUGCCAUAAGACCCAAUCAAAUGAAGAUGUAUAUCCAGCACAACUUCGGACAUUCAUUUGCUGAAUUGUUCUCAGCCUUUCUCUUUUUUUUCAGGACAACGCUGCUUAGGAAAUGGAAUGGAAAUGAUUUACUGCUGAAUUAAAACUCAAAUGACACAAAUUGCAAGUUGUUAUCAUUGAAUGAAAAAAAAUUCAGGAACAACGGCUAAUUUUUUUAAAAGUUAAAUUUAGUGCACUCUGUCUUAAAAUACGUUUACAGUAUUGAAUACAUACAAGGGUAAAAAAAAUUGUGUGUAUGUGUGUUUGAGCAAUCUCUCUUUUUUUUUUCAAACUUUGCUUAAUAGGUUAUUAAAAUGCCAUAAUGGCCAUGUGUAUAUUGUUUUCUUUUGGUGACGGGGUUUUAGUAUAUAUUAUAUAUAUUAAAAUUUCUUGAUUACUGUAAAAGUGGACCAGUAUUUGUAAUAAUGGAGAAUGCCUGGGCAUUUUACAAAACCAGAAAGAAAAAAAAAACUUUUCUCUUUUUUCCUUGAAAAUGUUGCAGUAAAAUUUAAAUGGUGGGUCUAUAAAUUUGUUCUUGUCACUGUAACUGUAAAGUCUGAGUUUUAGUAAUUUUUUUUCUGCCUUGGGUGUUGAAUUUUUAUUUCAAGAAAAAUGUAUAGAAACUUGUAUUUGGGGAUUAAAAGGUGACUGCUACACCAUGUAGAAAAAGUAUGUAGAAAAAAUGCUUAAUAUUGUUAUUGCUUUGCAGAUUAAAAAAAAAUCACAUUUCUGACCUGUACCUAUUUUUAUCUCCCCCCCCCCCCGCCCCAUCCCCUCUUCUGGAAUGGAUAUUGAUAUUGGUUGAUUCAUAUAAUGUAGGCACUUGCUGUAUUUUUACUGGAACUUGUAAUUUUUUAACUGUACGCUUGUCCUUUUAAAGGGAUUUAAUGUACUUUUUUGUUAGUGAAUUUGGAAAUAAAAAUAAAAACAAACAAACAGGCUGCCAUAAUAUAUUUUUUUAAUUUGGCAGGAUAAAAUAGUGCAAAAAAAUUUGUAUGUCAAGACCUUAUUGUACAGAAGGAAAAAUGAAAGGGUUGUUUGACGACCUGUGGGUAAAAGAAACAAAACAAUUAUUAUUAUUUUCUAUUAUUUUUUCGGGGGGCGGGUAUCAGGUUUUGUUUUCUUUGGAGUUUUGUGUUCACAAUUUUAGUUGUGUGUAUGUAUGUAUGUAUAUAUAUAUUUUCUGUCAGAAAUGGCCUACAAAAAAUGUGCUGUUCCUACAGGGCAGUAAUAACAUUAAAGCCGCCUGGACCCCUUGUAUCAAGGCCUUCCCAGGUAUAGUUGAACUAGGAUGGCUGGCUGUCACCUGUUGUUGUUAAAUGAAAUUCAAUUUUUGUGAAGACGUUUGACGUAACAUUCCACAGAUGCCCCCUUUUUUAGACACAGGGAGGUUGCUUUCCCUGACAAAUGUAAGCUUUCUAGCCCUGAUCCUGCACAUGUGUGCUUGAGAUAUUCAGUGCUACUGGUUUAGAGAGCGCUGGCAUCUACUGAGGGGAGAAGGGGCCAUGUCCCCCCACUAUCACUGAACAGGUGAUCGGCACUGUUAAUCCUCACUGUGCCAACUCUCUGUUAAGGGAAUGUGCAUUCGGACCUCAGCUCACCUGAUCCUGCAAGGCUUUCUACUAUGUACAGCACCCCUUUGUUUGAGUGGGGUCUAAUCUGGAGCCCUUACUGGAUCAGGGCACCUAUACAUUAUCACCUCCUCCCCCACCCCUUUCACAGCUUACAGAUGAAGCUGCUUUAAAAGGGGGGAGGGGAGAAGAAAGAUCAGCGUUCUGUUGGUACAACUGUGAAUUGGAUUGGAGUUUAAAUUUUUUUGGUCCAGGCGCAUCCCACUUCCCCACCCCACUGUCAGAAAGGGACCAUGUACAGGUUUUGCCAGUCUGUGUUCUUUUGUCUGCUUUGCUGCUGUUGACUCCUAAUUGUACAUUCCAUAAAUUUCUCAGAUAUUUGAAGGACUGGGAUGAAAUUCUGUGCCUCUUCAUUAAGCAACAACUGCCCCCCCCCGCUUUUUUUAAAAAAAUUCGGUAAGGCAGGCAGGGGAAAAAUACCAAAGUGGUGGUGAAGUGCUAGUGAUAAUUUUAAAGAAAGAGCGUGUAGCAAAGUAUGAA